AUGACGUCGGACGAAGACAAGAAACCCACCGCUGGGCGGUGGAAUAACCCUUGCGACAGCUGCUCGAUUCGUAGAGUCAAGUGCGAUCGCCAGUCGCCCUGCAAGGCAUGCAAGUCGCGCUCGCAGCUGUGUACUUAUUUCAAGAUCCGCAAGAAGCCAGGUCCCAAAGGGCCGCGGUCGGUGACGAGCGACAAGAUACGAGACCUGCAGAAGAAGCAGCAGGAGCAGCACCACUACCAACAUCGACAAGAAGAAGAGCAACACUAUGAACACACAUCACCACCACAGCAUCAAAUGUAUACAGCGCCACAGCAUCCGCCGCCGCUGGCUCCGACUAGUGGCGAACCUGCCAGUCUGGCCAGCAAUCCCAGGAUCCCGCUGGCUGCGUACUAUGCUACGCUGGAUCUGUUCAAGGCGAGACUGUACAGUGUCUGGCCGAUCAUCUCGACCGACGAGCUCAAGGCCCGCAUGGCCUCGUCAGAUACUGACCCCGACCCUUCUUCACACGCACUCGCCGCGGCGGCAUGUGCUGCCACGCUGGCGCAGCUGAAAGUGCCACAUGCCGGCUUCAACGAGAACCUGAGACCGGUCUCGGCCGAGGAGUUUGCUAAAGAGUCCUUGAUGAUUCGAAGCCAGAUAUCAAGCUGUCCGGAACCGUCGCUGGCUUCGCUCAACACGUCGAUCUUCCUACACAUGUUUUACGCCAACACGGGGCAUACUACGGCGGCGACUUUGUCGUUGCGAGAAGCCAUUGCUUACGCCGAUCUUACCAAUCUCUCUACAGAUACAACAUUGGACAAAUACGACCAAGCAGAACGAGAGCUGCGCUCACGGAUAUACUGGAUUCUCUUCGUCACCGAAAGGACAUAUUGUAUGCAACAUGGCCUACCCCUUACACUCCAGAAAACAGCUUUCAUCCCUACUACACGAGAAGGAGACGGCAACAUUGAGAAACAUGCUGCGCUAUAUCUGCUCGCCAGCUUGUUCGUUCACAUCCAAACCCCUCUGUUACAAAUACAUUCCACCAUGCUAGAAAUGUCGCCAGCUGCAUACUCGCCCACACAGAUCCUAGACGUGCAACACCAGAUCGAGCCGGCAUCCGUCAAGCCGAACCGAGUCUCGGAGAGCCAGUGCGCCGACAUUCUCACCACCGCAGCCUGGCUUCGCUCGCUGCUGUGGCAAUACUCUGCGGCGCACUUCAUGCUCUCAUCAGCAACGAAAAACGAGCCCUUGUCGCUCGACUAUCCUUUUGUCAUUGCGCGAGACUUUUUACAGUCUGUUGCGGGGAUUUCCAUUGAUUCAAUCAAGCCACAUGGCUACGGGAUGGAAAUUAAACUGCUACAGAUAGCAAAUUCAAUGCUUGACGUUAUCGCCUGCGUGCCGGACUCACGACAACGCCAGUUGUGCUACUGCGGGCCUCUCGAUGCAGUCGCAGCUAUCGAGAACUUGUUGCUCACAGUAGGAGGAAACCAGUCGCCACGAUUCAACGUGCUACAAGAACGGCUCUCGCAAAUCCGCCCUCAGAACAACAUACCCAAAACAAUGAGUUAUGUGUUUCCUAAGAGAGAGGCUUAUGAUACUCCCGGUUCUAGCAGCGACAGUGGUAUUGAGAACGAUACCGUAGCUACUAUAUCACAUAUGGCGAUGCCGGUCUCACUCCAGCUCCCUGGGCAAAUAAACAGUCUCAAGGAAUGGGCGAUGAAUGGGUGGCUAGGAGAAGAAGACGAUUCUCGGACGAGACAUGGGUCUUUGUGCGAGCAUCGCAUUGAGGAUCUGGGUUCUUAG